AUGGCGAAUGACGAAUACGACUUCCUCUUCAAGGUCGUACUGAUCGGAGACUCUGGCGUUGGUAAAUCCAACCUUUUGAGUCGAUUCACACGUAAUGAGUUCAACCUCGACUCCAAGUCCACCAUCGGUGUAGAGUUCGCAACUAGGUCGAUCCAGGUAGAUGCGAAGACGAUCAAGGCGCAGAUUUGGGAUACUGCUGGACAAGAGAGAUAUCGCGCCAUCACAUCCGCCUACUACAGAGGUGCCGUAGGGGCUUUGCUUGUCUACGAUAUCAGCAAACACCAAACAUACGAAAAUGUCACAAGAUGGUUGAAGGAGUUGAGAGACCAUGCCGACUCGAACAUCGUUAUUAUGCUGGUAGGAAACAAGAGCGAUUUGAGACACCUGAGAGCCGUUCCUACCGAAGAGGCAAAGCAGUUUGCAAGCGAGAACAACCUUUCCUUUAUUGAAACCUCCGCGCUCGAUGCAAGCAACGUUGAGCUCGCUUUCCAGAAUAUUCUCACAGAAAUCUACCGAAUCGUUUCCCAAAAAGCUCUCGACAACGGCGAUUCGGCACAAGCCAACCUCGGCGCUGGACAGAAGAUUGAACUCACCAACCCCGCAGAUGGAGGUGCACCAAAGGGUGGCAAAUGCUGCUGA